AUGCUAAUCCAGUCUGAGAACCCACCGUUUCGAAGGCCUAUAUUGGACCUGUCAAUUGCAACAUUGAAUGAAGAAUGCGAUGACGCAUCCAAUGAGGCGUCAGGUAUAUGCUCUCUACCGGAAUUAAUUGACUUCAACGCUACUCACAAUCCUCAUCACCUGUUCUGCCUGCAAGAGGAACGUGAGAACGGGGAACAUAGCAAUCUCACACCACUCACCUUCCUCGGCGUCCAAAAGGCAAUAUAUGCCGCUGCUGCUUCCCUGCGGAAGAUCACGAGUCCUUCACUCAAGACUUCCCAGCAACCUGUCGCCCUGCUCCUAGAAAGCGAUGUGACUCUCUUUAUGUACAUGUCGGCUCUACUUUACAUGGACAUACCGGUCCUGCUCUUGUCCAUACGAUUGAGCCCUGUGGCAACGGCUCACCUGCUGCAAGAGACAUCUGCUCGGGCCCUGAUUGUCUCGCACCGAACCAGCCACGCAGGAAACCAGGCACUCGACCUUCUGCCUACUGCGGGCCCCCGGUUGCCCCUCAUCUCCGCAAUAUCGUACAAGAACCUCAUUACCUCAGGCGAGGAGGUUGCUGUCCCGCCCACCACCUCCAGAACCGGUUCGUCGCGGGCCCGGGAUGAGAUGAUGGUAAUUCUGCAUUCUUCUGGAACGACGGGGUUGCCCAAAACCAUCCGACUGUCGCAGCGGUAUCCCCUGACGUACGCUGCCUGCCAUCUUCUGGCGCCGGAGGAGUGUGUGAAUCGUGUCAACCUAUCCACUCUGCCCCUUUACCAUGGAUUUGGUCUUCUCGCCCCAUGCCUGAGUCUAUCGACGGGCAAGUCAUGUUGCUUUCCCUCAUCGGCGAUCAUUCCAUCGGCCACGUCGGUGACGGAGCUACUGGAGAGAUCCGCGGCUGCCUCCUUGAUGACUGUGCCAAUCAUUCUGGAGGAGAUGAUAGAGUCCAGCCAGAGUAUUGAGAUCCUAAAGCCAUUAGACUUUGUUGCCGUUGGAGGUGGCGCGAUCAAGAGAAAUGUGGGUGAGCUUCUGGCCGCCAACGGCGUCAGACUUCUCAAUCACUACGGCGCCACAGAGAUCGGCCCCAUUGCCCCCAUCUUUAUUCCGUCCGUAGAUUAUGACUGGAACUAUCUCCGAAUUCGCACCGACCUUGGCCUGCGCGUCGUCGACCUUGAAUUUGACCAGAGUGCAGCAGAAGCCCCGCGUUGCCAACUGAUCGGGUUCCCAUUGGGCUGGCAGCAGCCCUAUAAUGUGCCCGAUCUCCUGGAGAAAAGGGCGGGUUCCACAUUCCUUGAGGUACGGAUCUUGGGCCGCAAUGAUGAUCUCAUUGUGCUCUCGACUGGUGAGAAAGUGCGACCUGGCAAAUUAGAAAACGCCUUACGGGCGACAGAUCUCAUCCAGACGGCCAUCGUGUUCGGGGAACAUCGUGAGGAAAUCGGGGUCCUUGUGGAACCCAGGCAGGCGAUCCCUUCGCAGGACCUUUCACAAUUCCUAGCAACUAUCUGGUCUUUGGUUGAGGCUCAGAACUGUAACUUGGAUCGCCAUGCCCGAGUUUCUUCGAUGGAUAUGAUCAUUGUGAAGCCCGAAGGCAAGCAAAUGCCUUUGUCUGAUAAGGGCUCAGUAAUGCGCAAGGAGGCCUAUGAGCGCUUUCAAACGGAGAUAGACGCCGUCUAUUCCCAACGCACAGGCAACGGAAGUUCGAUUACUCUGCUUUCACCAGAGCCAGGAAAACUUGAAGCCGAUCUGAGAGUGUUGGUCGAGCGGUGCGUCCACGACCGAAUCGCUGGUCGGCCAUGGACAAAUCAGCAUGAUUUCUUCGAGCUGGGAAUGGACUCUCUGGAAGCGUCCCGUCUAGCGCAGCUUUUGAACCGCGUGCAGGACAAGUCGGCGUUCGCUGUUCUGCGCGACGGCCCCGUCAGGCCAAGUUUUAUCUACCAACAUCCCAGCGUGGUUGACUUAGCGGCUGCCCUGCAAUUGGGAGAAUGCGGUGGUGAAAACGUAAAUCGAGUGCACGCCAUGACCGACCUUGUGAGUCGCUUCUCACCCUCUUCAUCAACAACCUCCGACCGUGUGGUCCUGAUCACAGGAUCAACUGGCAGCCUAGGAGUGCACCUCCUCCAGGAGCUCUGUAGGGACGUUAGCGUGAACCAGGUCAUUUGUCUGAUGCGACGGGCCCAUGGCGAUCAGAAUGCUGACGACCUUGACGAUCUUCGGGCUCGUCAGGAGAGAGCCAACUCCGCCAAGGGAGUGCAUCUCACCGACGAGGGAUCGGCAAAGAUCACCUUUCACGAGGCCCAGCUAGACGACCACACUCUUGGGCUGGACGGCGAAACGUAUGCACAACUAACAGGUACAGUUACAGACGUUUUGCACAAUGCUUGGCCAGUGAACUUCCAACGCACGCUCCACUCGCUAGAACCGCAAAUACAAACUGUCAAAAACCUUAUACACUUUUCCAUCCAAUGCCAACGCGACCGGUCACAUCUGACCCCGAGAUUGAUCUUCAUAUCUUCUAUCGCAGUGGGGGCUCGCUUUCCGUCUACUGUACUCCCUGAGAUCCUGAUCACGGACCCAACCAGCACGGCGGCACUAGGCUAUGCUGAGGCCAAAUGGGUCUGUGAACGCAUCAUCGCUGAAAGUCUGGCUGUAUUUCCGGGCCGGCUGCAGCCCUCGAUUGUCCGCUUGGGUCAAAUCACGGGGGCGACUGAGGGCGCACGGUGGAAUCAGAAUGAACACAUCCCGGCGAUUCUCAAGGCAUCGCAGAUCGUAGGUGCAAUGCCAGAGAUAAAUGGGACCUACUCCUGGAUCCCAGUCGAUAUCGCUGCCAAGGCCAUCCGCGAUAUCCUCACUACCUUGCAACCAACGAAUCUGGUGUAUCACGUUGAAAAUCCAGUGAGACAGCCCUGGAAGGCCCUGCUAACUGUCCUCGCCCGCCAGCUCAACUUGUCUUCUCUGGUGACAAUCCCUCUAGACCUGUGGCUGCGCAAGGUUGAGUCACAGAACAACUUAUUGUCCGAGUUGGAAGAUUUCCUGCGGGGGGAGUUUCUGCGACUGGCCGGAGGGCGUCUCAUUUUGGAUACUACGCAGGCACGAAAGGUCUCCUACACACUUCGUACGUGUAACGGAGUUACUCCAGAUCUUGUCUGCAAGUACAUUGAAGUGUGGCAGAAGGAGGGCUUUCUCCAUUGA